GAGAAACUGCGGCGUGCGCGCUCGGUAGCGACGGAGAGCAACGACGUCACUACUGGCGCAGGCAGUCACGCGCCUCUUUUUCUCUCUUUUUUUUUUCGCGCAUGCGCAUGGGGUUGCGCCGGAGGAGUUUUCAGUGUACAGGCGACAGACGGACGGACGGACGAAUCGGCUUGCCAGCAUUGCUGUAAAAGGCUUUUACGGAAGGAGCAGUACAACGUUUGCGGCCAGCGCGACUAACAAGCAGAGAGUCAGCUAUAGUCAGAUACAACUCAAGUCUGCAAUGAAGCCCGGUUCACGCCCUCAUAACUGUCAGCCACUGUUCCUCCGCGAGGCUGAAAAUAGUUCGUACUUAAAACUUUUUCUGUGACCUAAAUAAGGUGGUAAUCACAAAAAUAAAGUGAUAAGCGCGCAAUUUUAUACGUUUUCAUUCGUCUAUUAUAGUGGAACGGUGAAAGCCUAAUUCUUUAUUGAACUGAAAUAAAACGCUUAUAUGACUGCCACUAUUCAUUGUCAAGUUUCACUUCAGUUAGCAGUGAAAUUUCAUCAGUAAAACGGGCUCAGCAGUGGAAUGAACUGUAUCGCGGACUUUUGAAGAGUGAAGUGCUCAGACUCCAUGCACUUUGUCCAUGCCUGUUUUACACCUCAUCGCUUCCGCCGAUGAAAAGACUCUUCAAGAACAGCAGACGCUCCAGAGGUAUCAAGUACGAUGCAAUUUUGAAAAGGUCGCAUGACGACGAUUUUGUUUGUUUCUGUGAUUGGUUGGCGGAGUAACACAACACCGCGCGGUCCGUGUGCCUCGGUGGCCAACUGCUGUUUUUUUUUUUUUUAAGUUGUAUCCUACUAUAGUAGAUCUCCGGCAGCUGGCGCUCGGCGGUAGGGCGCGCUAGUGUUCCUGUAUAUGCUCCGUGCGGGACCAUAUCUGCGGGAGCGUAUACAGGGACACUAGGGCGCGCCUUAGAAAGUAUUAUCCUAUCCGGCGCGCAUCGCAGCUGCAUCGGCUAAAGUCACUGUUGUCAGUGGUGGUUGCGGAACGGACAGCUCUCUUUUCCAUGCUGCAGACAAGCCAAGAGGUGCACUGUUUCCGGGCGGGUCCCGGCGCGAUGGGCACCUCUGGUAAUGCCAACCGGGGCCAUGUCCCCCCGCCUUACUCGCCGCGCUACACAACAUCAUCGCCCUCCUACCCGGCUGGACCCCUGGGAUCGGUGAGUUUCGAUGAUCCCCAACGGCCGCCGGCCGCGUCGGGCGCGCCGCCGCCAGGUUUCGUGGUUUCGUCGUCCGCCGCACCUGCGGGAGGGUAUCCGCCGACAAUGUGCGCAGACUCAACAGCAGGCUACUAUUCAUCUUCUUCGCCAGGAGGGUACCCACCUUCUUCACCAGGAGGGUACCCACCUUCUCAGCCAGGAGGGUAUCCACGCAGAAGUUCAUCAAUGGCAAUGCUUAUGCCUGGAGCACCUCCUCUGUACUCCUUGCAUGGAUCGCCCUCCUUACCUGAGAUGCCGACGCAAGCAAGAUCGUUUCCGACCCCGUCGUUGUCGUCGACAUCGAUCGGCUAUCCAACCGACCCGUACCCGCCACCAAGCGCUCUUCCUCCCGUCAGUGCGCGGCCUGGUUACGAGCCGCCGACUGCUGCCGGCUACCCUAUGAGCGGUUACAGUUCGAGCGGCCGCGCUGCCACCGGUUACUCUACCCUCGGAUACGCCUGUCCCGAGAGCGGUGCGCAGUAUGCAUCGGCGUCUAGUGGAACCACCUCGGGCGGAACGAAGGUAUACGAGGCUUCGCCCGGUUACUACGGCGGGUCGGGGGCCCGAACCUCCUGCUAUUCUCCAGGACGGGGAACCAUAAAGACGUACAGGAACUUCGAUGUCCAUCAAGAUGUCGAUGCGCUCAGGAAAGCCUUGAAAGGAUGGACCACAGACCACGCUGCGGUCAUCGACAUCCUGUGCGCGAGAUCGGACUAUCAGCGGCAGGAGAUAGUCAAAGUCUACAAGCAAUCGUUUGGACGCGACUUGAUGGGCGACACGAAGUCCACCAUGCGCAGUAACUUCGAGGACAUUAUAAUCGGGUUACUCUACCCGCUGCACGAGUACCUGGCACGCGAGCUCCGCAAGGCCAUCGCUGGUCUGGGCACCGACGAGGAGUGCCUCAUUGAAAUACUCUGCACGCACAGCAACGAAGACAUCCGGCUGAUCAAGGAUUACUACCACCGGAUAUUUAAUAAAGAACUAGAGAAGGACAUCAUCGGCGACACAUCUGGUGACUUCCGGCGUCUACUGGUGUCAAUGUGUAAUGGUCAGCGGGAAGAAAACGCUCCCUUGGAUCCUGCUCGUGCACGCAGUGACGCUAAUCAGCUGUACCGGGCGGGCGUACUGCGCUGGGGCACGGACGUGUCGGCGUUCAACCGCAUCAUCGCCAACCAGAGCUACGAGCAGCUGCGCCUCGUGUUUCGCGAGUACAACGCGCUCGCCAACCACACCGUCAUGGAGGCCAUCAAGAGCGAGAUGAGCGGAGACCUCCGCCGGGGAUUCCUCGCCAUCGUGAAGUGCGUCUACAGUCCUCCUUUUUAUUUUGCCGAAAAGCUGUACCACUCUAUAAAGGGACUCGGCACCAAUGACAAAGUGCUCAAGCGGGUGAUAUUGUCACGCUGCGAGAGGGACUUGGAGCUGAUUAAAGAAGAGUUCCUCGACAAAUACAAGAUGACACUGGCCAGUGCCAUUCAGUCAGACACGUCGGGCAACUACAGGAAGGCCCUACUUGCCAUUGUCGGAGGCAACUGAGGUGCACUUGCUGGGCAUCGGCUCGCUUGCAGUAUCCGUGGGAGACUACCAAUGUUGCCGAACGGUUCAGUCGGGACAGGCAAGCCCCGUGAAUCAACUCAUUCGUCUACGAUGCAGAAGCCUCUGACGAUUUUGAACGAGAAAUUCGAGGACACCUAAAAUUAUGCCUAGAAGCGCUUUUAUUCCUGCCAAGGUGUGCGUAAAUUUGUGUGAUUUCCAGCAGCGUCGCACUGGCUACACUAUGCUUGAUUAUAAAUUUUGACCAGUACUUUCUCAACUGAUGAGAAACAGUUUAUUCGUUGAUUGUGUCGAUAAUAAAU